AUGAAAAAGUCGUGCAAGCCUGCAAUGUUAGGGCGCAUAUGGCAUGCCAGUCGACGCGCCCUGAACCUGGAACACUCACCACCGCAUCAGUUCGCCUGCUGUCAGUGGCAAAGCGGUCAUCGACCAUCAACUUUAUACCUCAUUUACAGGUGGCUUAUAUUUUUAACUGUGGUGUCAAUAGCAAUAGCGAGUUUCGCAUGUCAGCGCCUGCCAAAACUUUACAAAGGGCCCAAAGUCGAGUUGAACUACUUCAAAUGGUUCAUCUACUUCACCAACUGGGGCUACUUGCUGAUAGCUUUGCAGGCGGGCCUGGCGCUGGCUGUAGUACAUCACUACCGAGCUGAGAGAACGCUAACCAUGACGUGCGAAGAUGAUGAAAUCCAGAUGCCUAGGAGGCAGAAGACUCCGAUGCUGUGUCGAUUGUACUGGCUGGCGCAUACCGUGGCGACUGACCUUGCCUUCGUCAUCACACUCGUCUACUGGACUCUAGUUCAUGACCCUAGAAUACAUGAAAUCAACGCAUUGAACGUGCUAGUCCACGGCGGCAACUCGGUAGCAAUGCUGUGCGAGCUGGCGCUGACGGCGCACCCGGUACGCGCGGCACACGCACUUUACGGCGUCGGUGCGGGACUUGCUUACGGCCUAUUUAGUGCCUUUUACUGGGUCGUAGGCGGUACAGACCGACUUGGCUUACCUGCCAUAUAUCCUUCAUUGGAUUGGAAUAAGCCGGGUUCCGCGUUUGGAUUCGUAGCACUUUGCGCAGUCGUGAUGAUAUUUGCCCACGGGAUUGCGACAGUUUUUUCCGUACUACGUAUACGUCUCGCUUCACGCCUCCGCCCCAAAAGCUCACACCUAGAUAGACUUGCAUUGCCCACACACUGA